AAGUCUAGGGACAGGUCAAAGGGGGUGCGGUCUCCUAAGCUAAUGGCGGGCCUCUUGCUAGUGUCCGGCCGGAUCUUGCGGAUUCCCGGUGGUCAACUUUGGCUUCUUUUGCCUCGCAGUUUCGGGAUUUGGGUCCCAGCAGAUGGGACCGGGGGGGUCUUAGUGAGGCGGGUGUGCGCGCGGCGAGAGAACGGGUGGCGGGCCUUGGGGCUCUCAGGCAGCAUCCCGGGAUGCCGGCUGCUGAGCACGGACGUGCCGCCACCGCCGGGGACGUCUGGACCCGAAGGGAAGGGCCGCAGAGACCCCACGCGCCCCUCGAAGCCUGGGCCCGUUUCCUGGAAGUCUUUAGCAGUCACAUUUGCUAUUGGAGGAGCUUUACUGGCAGGGAUGAAGUACUUCAAGAAAGAGAAGAUGGAGAAGCUAGAGAAGGAACGGCAGCGAAGCAUUGGAAAGCCUCUGCUUGGGGGACCAUUUUCCCUCACAACUCACACUGGAGAGCCAAAGACUGAUAAGGACUACCUGGGUCAGUGGGUGCUGAUUUACUUUGGUUUCACUCACUGCCCUGAUAUUUGUCCAGAAGAACUAGAAAAAAUGAUUCAAGUCGUGGAUGAAAUAGAUAACAUUCCAACUCUGCCAAAUUUAACUCCACUUUUCAUCACUAUUGAUCCAGAGAGGGACACAAAGGAAGCCAUUGCAAAUUAUGUGAAAGAAUUUUCUCCCAAACUGGUUGGCUUGACUGGCACAAAAGAACAGAUUGAUCAAGUGGCCAGAGCUUACCGAGUAUAUUACAGCCCGGGCCCCAAGGACGAAGAUGAGGACUACAUAGUGGAUCAUACCAUCAUAAUGUACUUGAUUGGACCAGAUGGUGAAUUUCUCGAUUAUUUUGGCCAGAACAAGAAGAAUGGAGAAAUAGCAGGUUCAAUUGCGAUGCAUAUGAGGGAGCACAGGAAAAAGAGCUAGCCAAAGCAGCAUUGCCAGUGUGGUGUUCUUCUGCUAAACAGGAAGGAAGCUUUAUCUCCCACAGGAGACAACAUAUAUGUAUGCUUAUAUAUGCAACCUACAGAAUGGCCUUCUACAAUGAGAACUGUAUUUUGGAUAGGGCACGCUGCCCUUGGGAUCAGCCAGAAUUGAUUCUUGGAACUGUGAAGAUUACAACCAAAAGUCUCCCAAAGCCACUGUAACACCAGAGGACCA